AUGGAGCUAUCCCGGCAGGAAUACCCGGCGCUGCUGGCCACCUUGCACCCUACUCAAGCUACACAAGUCCUCACCGAUCGCAUUCGAGUAAUCAACAAGAUCCACGCAGACAUCGCAGACUUUCUCCAGGAACGCCGUCGUGUAGAAGAAGCAUAUACCCAAGGUUUGCGAAAGCUGGCAAAUCGCCCUAGCUUGGACAAUGGCGCUGCACUUGGUGUUUUCCAAAUUCCUUGGCAGCGCAUUCUCAAUGCGACCGAAGCGCUCGCCGCAUCGCACGAGACCCUUGCGAUGAAGAUCGAAGAAGAUGUCGAACGCCCUCUUAGAGAAUAUAGUACCAAAAAUCGCGACAUGCAAUCAAUGCCCGGAAUCCAAAGCAACCUAGCUGGAUUGGCCAAGAACGUCGAGUCGGCCCAGGAUAAAGUGGAAAAAGCUAGGAAGAAGAGCAUGAAGAACCCUAAGCAACUGGCAACUGCAGUCGCUGCCGCAGAAGAGGUCAGCCAGCAGUGGGAAUCGCGUGCUCCAUUUGUAUUUGAGCAGCUGCAGGCUGCAGAUGAAGGCCGACUCAACCACCUGCGCGAUGUGCUCACGCAGCUGGAGACUCACGAGGUGGAUCAGGUCGAGCGCGGUCGGCUGGCUGCUGAGACGUGUCUCAAUGUUCUCUUGAAUGUGCAGACUGCUGAUGAAAUCCAAACCUUUGCUGCAAAAAUGAAAGGAAACCGUAUCCCCGCCUCGCCCGUGCCGCGAGCGGAGCCUCCCCUCCCUGAAACGCCACCUGCGCCGCCUGCUCAUCCUACUUUUGAGACCCCAACAAGCACCCCACAGGCACCAACCUCGCGGAGUCAGGAUGAUGCAGAUAGCCAGCUGUCAGAAAGAUCAGAGAGACAGACGUUUACCCCAACAGCUCCUGUUCCAGAAGCACAGCCACGAAACACCGCGUUGGGCGGAUUAAGGCGACUCGGUACAGUUAUGGGUAGGCGGAAGAGCAUGGUCGUUCCAUCGGCUUCAUCUUUUGACAGGAAGGCGGAGAAGAAGUUCAGUCCAUUUGCACCUUUCAAGAGAUCUGACUCAUCGAGAGAUAUGCAAAUCCCGGAAUCGCCUCCUUCAACUGCGGACCGCCCCGGUACAUCAAUGACCGAGGAAGAAUCUGCACGAACUCCCAGCUUCUCUCGGGAUCAGACCGGAGGAGAGUCUUUUGCUCCGAGUGCUCAGCCAUUCCAUACUACCACAAAUGGCACAUCUUCAGAGACCCACGCCGGACUCAAUGGCGUUGAUCAGUCACAUGUUGACUCAGAAGGGUUCACUGAGCGCCCCUCAACGGUAGAUGAAGUUACUCGUGCUCAAAGAGAAGCUGCCGGAGUGGACGACUCGGGCUUGAACUUGACAAUCCGUGAUCAGCCUAUUUUCGAAGACGAAAGCCAGGCCAAGCAAGCCAUGGAUGAUAUGGCGAAUACCCUUCGAUUGCGGGCUCCACAAUCUGUAGCGAGACGGAAUGCAGGUACUAUCCGCGGUCGCCGUGAUGUUCGCAAUACGAUGUUUGUUGCAAACCCAGGUAGUGAACUGGCUCCGAACCAAAUCGCAUCCGACGCGUACUCUCCGUCCUCUCCAGUCAGACACACUCCCUCUCUGAGCGCUGCAACGGACGAGCACGCCGCUUCAGACACAACAUCCGUCCGCUCUGGGCACACCACGCACGGACAGAUGUUCAGCAUGCACCCUGAGUUAUAUGAGCCCGGUCUGAAUGCCUCCAUCAUUGAGACCGUCAGCGCAUGGUUUUCGGAGGGCAAGGUGACCAAGUCCUCCGUGAUGGGCGAGCUUGCUCUGGCACACAAUGUUGCGCCGGGAUUUGCAGCAGAAUCCUUGCGCAUCCGUCUCGAUAAUUUCCCCUUGCUGGAGAAGGUCGCCGCAAACCCUCACUUUGUUCAGGAAACCAGCAAAGACAGCGGUGAUGAGAAGCGGGGCGAGUAUGACGUCCAGCUGGGCAGCAUUUCACGGCCCAUGCCGACUGUGGCAUUCAAGUACCAAGUGCAUCUCGACCCUAGCAACUCAUCUUCGUACUGCCCUGUCAUCUUCAAGCCAGCUUGGAACCUGCAGGGAUCCCAGGCCAGUGCCAUCAUUUUCUACUCUCUCAACCCAGCCUUUGUAUCGCAACCUGUGGAGUCCAUCACCUUGAAAAAUGUGAUUUUGACCGUGGGUUUGGAUAUAUCGGCUGAAGACGAAAUCACCAAGCAGCCGCGCGAGAGUAUUGCCCAUGCCACCAGCGCCGUCAUGCACCCGAACUCUGGCGCUACCUUCCGCCGCAAGAACUCCACUGUCACUUGGAGGAUCCCUGAGCUUGAAGUCAAAUCACCUGGUUCCGGUGAGGAUGGGAAGUUCCUUGUGCGCUUCACCACAUCCACCCCCGGCCCUCGCAAGGGCAAUGUUGAGGCCAAGUUCGAGCUCUACACUACCGAGUCCGCCUCUCGACUUGGCGUCAGUCGCGCAGUUUCGGAGUCUAAUCAGCAGGAAAUCGAUCCUUUUGCUGACAGUGGAAAGCAAUCCCCGGCUCCAGCUGCCUGGCAAGAAGUCCCAACCAGCCGCAAAUUGGUUGGUGGGAAAUACGUCUCCGCUUAG